CCGCCAUCCUCCCCUCUGGCGGCACGAGCGUGCACAGGCCGCUGCUGAGGCGCCUUGCGUGGCGGCACAGCCGUCCGGCUUCGGGCGCCUUCCGCGAUGCGGCAGGCGGCGGCGCCCGCUGUGUCCCGCGCCAUUUGGGUGGCCCUUUGCGCCUUGGGCUCGGCGGUCUGAGAGGGCUUUUUGCUUCUUCUGUGCAUGGUCCGUUCUGCACCGAGAUAGGGCGCUUCUGGCUGCGGUUGCCGACCGAGCCAGUCGAGUCUGCUGACAGCAGUACGCUGGCCGUAAUCGCCGUGACCUACGCGUGGUGGGCCAAUCCGUGGCAUCACCUCCACUGGUGGAUACCAGCGCUUUGGUACUUCAAGGUAGCGUUGAACUUGGAGGCCGACGACGUGGACAUCGGCCUCGUGGUGCCCCACCAAGAUGCCGAGUGGGGGAAGGGUGCAGCAGAGCCGCCAGAGUGGUCUUACCUGCAGGCAUCGUGGCCCCGCAAGGCGCUGCCCAGGCGGCAGCACUGGCAGCCUGGCGGGCUCCACGCGGACGUCCUCGGGUGGCUCUCCGCGCGCCCGCCCCGCCCGCUGGGGGAGUUGCGCGGCCAGAGCUACGGGACGAUUGUCCUGGGCCUGC